UCGGUUGCGAACUUUUCGUAGCCAUUUAUUACGCGUUUCCAUUAUCUCAAGCAACCUUCACCAGCGGUCAGCAGCAUCCGUUCGAUUAGUUUGCUACCUGACCGCGGUGAAGAAAGAUCAUGACCGAGCAGAAGAGCGUUGAACCAGCCUUCCUGCAGCUCAGUGAGCUGGCAUCGGAGAGUAGCGGUGGUCGAAUCUUGUUCGCCACGGACGAUUGGUUUGCACCGGCGGAAUGGAUGCUGAAGGACUCGGAACCGAUAUUCAUUGCCGAUAAGUACACCCCCUAUGGCAAGUGGAUGGACGGCUGGGAAACUAGACGUAAGCGGAUAGCAGGCCACGAUUGGUGUAUCGUUCGGUUGGCAGCACUAAGCACCAUCAAAGGAGUUCUUGUCGACACGGCGCAUUUCACGGGAAACUACGCACCGAAGUUUUCGAUGCAAGGUGCCAAGUUGAGUCGGUCAAAGGAAGAAUUAAUACCGGAGCGUGGACGAGAGAUGAUCGGAACGGCGUGUAGCCAAAAAGAUUUGGAAGCGAUGGCUGACUUAGGCAGUGAAGACUGGAUGACAGUUAUCGGGAUGACGCAGUUGAAACCAGGCUACGAUGCUACUAGAAAACAAUAUUUCAACAUCGAUGGUUGCAAUGAACCAUUCACUCAUUUGAGGGUUAAUAUCUUCCCAGAUGGCGGGAUUGCAAGAUUGCGCGUGUUUGGAGAAGUGCAGCCCGACAUAAAAGCAAUGCUCUCGGGGAGUAAUUUGAUAGAUCUUUUGGGUAUGCUGAACGGAGGUCAGUGUCUCAGCUUCUCUAACGCGCACUACGGUCACCCACGAAAUCUGAUUAAACCGAACCGUGGUGUCAACAUGGGCGACGGUUGGGAAACAGCCCGAAGGCUUGACCGUCCACCGGUCCUGAAAACCGAUAAACAAGGUAUCCUUCAGGUGCCCGGUUGUGAGUGGGCCAUUUUUCGAUUGUGCUCGAAGGGCACGGUAGAGAAGAUCGUAGUUGAUACCAAUCACUUCAAGGGUAAUUUUCCGGAUAAUGUUAAAAUCGAAGCUACGCUGUUGGACGCUAAUCGGACACUUCAGUCAGCCCAAUGGAGAGUGCUACUGGACAGCAGUAAACUUGCGGCCCAUCAGGAGCACAUAUUUCAGGAGGAAAAACUGCAGUUCCGUGGACCGUGCAAUCACAUCAGAAUUACCAUGUCACCGGAUGGUGGCAUUUCGCGGGUUCGACUCUUCGGCAGAGUACUGUGAGUUUUUGCUAAUUGAAUGAUUCAGCAUUUUUUGGUGACAGUCGGCUUGCUGUUUGUGUAUUUUUAUUGAUAUGCCUGAAUUAUUUAACUGUGCGUAAUUUCGCAGUCAGCCUUAUCAGCACCUGAGCCAAAAAAAGUACGUUUGACAGUCCGCGCGAAAUGUAUCCUUUCCAAAUUCCAAUUGUUUUCAAUUUAUUUGCUAGAGUAGAGCGUUAACAGUUGAUGAUGGAAUAUUUUUGUUGCAGUUAUAGAAAAGUAAUAAACCAGUGCGUAAAACUUUCCGAA